ACUUCAAAACUUACUCUAUGAUAUUACUGGAAGUGACAAACACAGUGACAUCUCUUAAAAUUUUAUAAAUAAAAAUUGUCCUAGGCAAAGAAGAAUUUAUUAAGACCAUUUUAGGCACUAUUUGCAUGAGAUUAUCUGAUAAUAGAUAUAUACAUUAAGCCAAUAAUAAUCUUGAAUCUAUAACCACCAUGGCAGGACGUGAGACAAUGAAAGCUGCUUGUAAGAGAGUCCGACCGAUUAUGUCGACUAACUUCAGUGACGCUCGCAGACGUGCGCUGGGUUUAUAUAGGGCUUUUUAUCGGUACAUUCCAUAUGUAGUUAAAUAUUUCGACAUACCAAAGUCCGAAAACGAUUGUCGACGAAAACUAAGAGAGUACUUCUAUAAAAACGCUUGCAUCACCGACAUAAGGAUCAUUGAUGUAUUAGUGAUUAAGGGCUACAUUGAAUUGAAAGAAAUAACACAUCAGUGGCAACAAAAAGGUCACAUCAUGGCGCAUUGGAAACCAACGUACGAACGGAAGCCUACUGAUUUCGUGGGAAAAUUUUUGUCAGGGGUGGAUUAAUUGAAUUUAAUUUGGUGAUAUAAAUAUAAAAAACAACAAGUU